CCUUCCCUCCGCCUUUUUUUGGCUGCUGGCUGAGGGAGCGGACGUUGCGGCGCUUCCUCCUCCUCCUCUUGUCUUCCUCGCCGCUUCGGUUGAGUCUUCCUGGCCUGCUUUCCCCAUUUGUCAGGGUCUUUUUCUGGUAAAAAUGUCGAAUGGUUACGAGGAUCACAUGGCUGAGGACCUCAAGGACGACAUUGGCCGGACGAACUUGAUUGUGAACUAUCUUCCCCAGAACAUGACCCAGGAUGAGUUGCGGAGCUUGUUCAGCAGCAUCGGGGAAGUGGAGUCCGCCAAGCUCAUUCGGGACAAAGUUGCAGGACACAGCUUGGGCUACGGCUUUGUGAACUAUGUGACAGCUAAAGAUGCCGAAAGAGCCAUUAACACGCUGAAUGGCCUGAGGCUCCAGUCUAAAACCAUCAAGGUGUCCUAUGCCCGGCCCAGCUCUGAAGUGAUCAAGGACGCCAACCUGUACAUCAGCGGCCUGCCACGAACAAUGACGCAGAAAGAUGUGGAAGACAUGUUCUCGCGGUUUGGGCGCAUCAUCAACUCACGUGUCCUGGUUGACCAGACCACAGGCCUGUCCCGUGGGGUGGCCUUCAUCCGUUUCGACAAGCGCUCCGAAGCCGAGGAAGCCAUCUCCAGCUACAACGGCCACAAGCCCCCUGGCUCCUCCGAGCCAAUCACCGUAAAGUUUGCCGCCAACCCCAACCAGAACAAGAACGUGGCGCUGCUCUCCCAGCUGUACCACUCUCCGGCCCGGCGGUUCGGGGGCCCCGUCCACCACCAGGCACAGAGGUUCAGGUUCUCCCCCAUGGGUGUAGAUCACAUGAGUGGGCUCUCCGGUGUAAAUGUCCCGGGGAACUCCUCCUCGGGCUGGUGUAUCUUCAUCUACAACCUGGGCCAAGAUGCCGAUGAGGGAAUCCUCUGGCAGAUGUUUGGGCCCUUUGGGGCGGUGACUAAUGUCAAAGUCAUCCGCGACUUCAACACCAACAAGUGCAAAGGUUUUGGCUUUGUGACCAUGACAAACUAUGAAGAGGCCGCCAUGGCCAUUGCCAGUCUUAAUGGCUACCAGCUGGGGGACAAAAUCUUACAGGUUUCCUUCAAAACCAACAAGUCCCACAAAUAACUGGCUUCCUCCAUUUCAUUUUUAUUUUUAUUUUGGAUGACGAUGAUAAUGAUUAAUAUUAAUUUUUGUUUUGUUUUGUAUGGAAUAUAGAUAUCGAGAGUGACAGAAAAAAGUUUGGAGGAAGAUAAAAAACAAAUACCUUUUUAUUAGUUUACUAUCAGUCUUCCUUCCUCCCUUCCUUUUUUCUACCUUUUUUUUUUUUGCGCCAAGUUGUUUGUCUUUAGAUCUAAAAAUGGUGGUGGUGGGGGGGGGGGUUUGCAUUCUGGGAUGCCAACAUGUUCAAAUGUUUUCGAAGUGUUCUAUUCAAUUAUGAUUAUUUUAUUUUUUAUUUUUAUGUUUUAUUCUAUUCUAUUAUUUUAUUACUAUUAUUAUAAUUAUUCCUUUGAAAAUUUCCUCCCGAGACAACAACAACACUUCCCCAAAGUUGCAAUGGUGGAUAUCUUUCCUUGCAAAAUUGGGGGCCAAACAUUUGCCCUUCGUUUGCAUUGGUCGGGAGGCUUCCUUCUAGUGAAGACAGUUGUGCCGCACGGCGUUCCGUUGACUUUAUAGGUCAAAAUCCCAUAAUCCUGCAAUGGUUUUUAGUUUAUAUUUACCAUGUCAAAGGACCAAAGUGCUUCCAAGGAGCUCUGGGAAGGUUCCGGAGCCUUUAUUUUAAAACAAAAAGCGAAACUCGGAACCCACAAUUUGCCCUUUUUUGCAGCACGUCGAUUUUUGGCCAGAUCGAUUGACCUUCGCUUUGUUGCGCCACUUUCUUUUUUAUCAGAAUCCAUUCUGAGCAUUUGAGCAUCGUUCACUCUCCUUGGGUUUUUUUUUUUUUUUGGCAUCCCUCCUAACAUUGUUGUUCUUUUUUUUUUUUCUUCUCUUAUUUUAAUAAUACCGAAUCUGAUAAUAAUAGAGUAGCGUUACAUAUUGAACGAGUUCGGAGACUGGAAGAAAGCCAACGUUGAUGAUUUUGUUUGAAUUGAAUUCAGCCCUCCCCUUAACAAAAGCAAACAGGUUAUUAUCGUCAGGCUGCCUUGAAACUUUUUUUUAAAAAAAGUUCUUGUUUCCUGUUAAUUUGUUCUUUUGCUUUUAUUUUUUGGUGUUUUUUGGUUUGUUUGUUUGUUUUUACUUUUGCAUUUGAAGACCCGAUUAAAUUUGAUUUUGGUUUUGCUCGA